UUGAAUCAGAAAUAUCGACAGAUUUUUUUUUUCGGAGUCCAAAGAAAUAUGAAAAUGAAAGAAAAAAGCGGAUCUACUGUUCCAAUUUCAUCUAUAUCGAAUUUGACUAUCAGAAUAGUGGAUAUAGUCAUGAUUCAAUGGGUUAGGUCCACUUACUUUUUCUUUUGUUGA